AUGUCUGCUAGCAUCAAGAGCAUACUCAAACUUGCCAAGAAUGCAUUGGAACUGAAUGAUCCGGAAUCUGCAUUGCACCAUGCCAAGGAGGUACUCAAGGCGGACCCCGAGUCCUACUAUGGCCACCUUUUCCAAGGUAAAGCACACCAGCUUUUAGGAGAUGGGCAAAAAGCCGCGACGUCACUUCAAAGGGCAACAGCCAUUGAACCUGAAAACCUCCUUGCUUGGAGAGGAUAUUUUCAAGUUGCCAGAAACUCAGAUGAUUACAAGCAGUUUUUUUCCGUUUUAACAUCGCUCUGCUCGCUUUUGAUCCGCCAGGGCAUUUCGGUUGCUGAAGCUUUACAAAAUCUCCGGGAGUACUUGGAAGUACACAACGUCAAGAAAAAUGACCACUUGUACGAAUAUUACCUUCGCAGUAUACUACCGGGAACAGAGUUGGGAAACCUCGUCGGUAGCCUGAUAGAAAACCUGGAGUUUACGUAUAAAAAGCUAGUGGACUUCAAACAGACACACGUGGAGAAGGAAGCAGUAGCCAAAGUGGCCAAGGGAAGGGUCAAAUACGGUAGAGUAUUGACCCUUGCCCAGCAAGCCAAUUUGGAUGCUCUCGCGUGGUCGGUGUAUAACGAGUCCGAUUUGAUCCAGCUAUACAACGAAUUCUUGAACGUCUGCAAUGACGACGGCUUGAGAGCAAAGUACCAGGAAAAGCUCUUGAAGCUCAAGCACGACAUGCUUAAAGUGUGUCCCGACAAGCAGCCGUUGGUCAAGGACAUCCGCGAGUCUGUAGACGACAUGAUUUUGUUGAAAACCAAGAGUCUCUACUGUUGGAAUUUGUACUUUGACUGGAGCGACACCCAGUCAGUUAAUGAUUUGGACGAGGAUCGCAUAAUUGAAUACUUGCAGCUAUUCAAUAACGAAAGUUUAGCGCCGAUUUUGUUUGCCUUUGUCUUGAGCGAUAUCUCGCCUUAUAAUAAGGAAAAAAUAAUCAAAAAGUUGUCAAAGCCAGAACAAACUCAGCCCGAGGCAGCAAAGAGUGCAGCAAGACAAGAAACAGGGAGAGAACAAACAGGAAAAGGAAAAGAAAACAAAGGCCACAAUAGUAAUAAAAACGAUACAAAUUAUAAAAAUGAAGAAGAAGAAAAAGAAAAAGAAGAUGUUGAUGAUGAUGAUGAUAAAGCGUUGAAGGGUUUAGUUGACAGCAAUGAAGAAGAUGUCAGCUCUUUGUUUUUGCCGCAAGAGGAAGUGUUUAAUCUCAUGAUUGAGGGAUACUCCAACGCCAAGAACUCGUUACUAGCCAACAGGAUUAUUGUUUACUUCUACAUCCACCUUCGAGAGUACCACGAGGCUUCAGCAAAAUGCAAAGAUGGAAUCAGAAUCUUGGCCGAGAUCCAGCGAAGUUACGGCGUGGACUUGCAAAAAACCAAAGUUGACUUUUUAUGCUCGUUAGCUGUCAUUUACACUUAUUACGAAGCUCCAAAGAACUACACUAGAGCGCUUCAGUUGUACGAUAAAAUUUUGGAAUCUGAGCCUGACAAUGUGAGAGCCAAAGUCGGAAAAGGGUUGAUAUGCGUGGAGAGGGGAGAACUCGAGCAGGCACGAAGUGUACUCGAGUCAGUCGUUCAAGAGCACCCCGACAAUUUGGAAGCCGAGUCCGAGUACUACUGGUGCCUUGUGAAAAUGGGCAGAUAUCAGGAAGGUCGUUCUGGGUUACAAAAGUUUGUCGCCAAGAUCACAGGCGGUGACUUGCACAGUCGAGAAGUCAGAGCAUUGGCCAACUGGAGGAUAGCGAAGAGUUUGCAUCAAGAAGGAAAUAGCGUUAAGGAGUGCUACGAAUACUUGGUUAUGUCUUUGAAGGACUCGGACGUGUUUGCACCUUCCUAUACCCUUUUAGGUACGUUAUUUGAUGAGGCAUUCGGGGACGCCGAAAGAGCGCAAAAGUGCUUCUACAAAGCGUUUGACUUGGAUCCAAACGAAAUCACGGCGGCCAGGUACUUGGUGGAUAAGGCUACCGCCAAGAAUGAAUGGGAAGUGGCACAGGUGCUCGCUAAAAGGGUGAUUACGAACGAACAGUCGAGGAGAAUGAUUAUGCGAGGAGCUACUCCGGACGCAUCGUGGCCAUACAGAGUGCUCGGAAGUGGCGCAUUGAAUAUCCAAGAUGACGCAAAAGCCGUUGAGUGGUUUCAAAAUGCACUCCGAAUCGACUCCAAAGAUUAUGCCAGCUGGGUGGGUUUGGGGGAAGCCUACUUGAACUGUGGAAGAUACGAGGCUGCCGCCAAAGUCUUUCGACAUGCACUUGAACUUGAACUGGAACUUGAACUGGAACUUGAGCUGGAAUCUGAACUUGACCUUAAACAUAAACUGGACAACACUCAUUCUUGGACAGUGAAGUACAUGUUGGGAAUUGUUUUGUGCGAGAUGAAAGAAUACAACGAGGGUCUUAGUAACCUUUAUGUGGCAUUGGAAGAGAAACCCAACGAGGAGUGCAUUUUAAGUGCGAUUUACGAAGCCAACAUUGAAAACACCAAAAAAUUCCUUCACCUUGGAUUCUUUGGACGUGCAAUCAACGCGAAUCUAAAAGCUAUAAGUUUCAUAAAGCAGUGUGCGUUGCUAAACUCAUCAUCGCAGAAAGUUUGGAGAAGUCUUACCGACAGCUUGAAAGUGUUUAUCAAGAUUCAAGACUAUGCCAACGAAGCACCUUUUGAAGAAGUUGUGCAGCUCUUUACCAAACUCGACUAUGUCGCUAGUGCACCUGGUGAUGUUGAUGAGUUGGAGGACUCCACCAUUUCAAUUUCACAUGCUAUUAAAUUGAAGAAUGGGGGUAAAACAGUGGAAGCGUUGAGCACUCUCACGGUUUUGGCGUCGGCAGCGAGCUUGCACUUUUUGCCUUCCAAGUCGAACAAGGUGUUGAAGGCAACUGCGCUUUACAACUUAGGCUUGGCUCUCUUGGAAGCUUAUCAGCACUUUGGGAGAGUUUCAUACUGUGACCUUGCUAUCCAGAACCUCAAGCAUGCAAUUAAAAUUGAAGGCAACAAUCCAAGCUACUGGAUCGCUUUGGCCAAUGCUUAUUUUGCAUCAAAGCCUCAAAUUGCGCAACACUGCUACAUUAAAGCGAUAUCUUUGGAGGUUAAAGAUGCCGAAAUCUGGGUGAAUCUUGCAGCAUUGUAUUUGAAAUACGGAGACCCAAAGCUUUCGCAAGAAACGUUUCUUAGAGCUCAAUCUGUUGCGCCACAGGAUGCAUCAUCGUGGCUCGGUAACGCAAUUGCUACUGAAACCGUUGGUGAUCUGGAAGGGAAAGCUGCCGACCAAUAUACCCACGCUUUCGUCUUGUCAAAGGGACGUGUCGACUUGGCCCAAUUUUUGUUUGGCUUAUCGGUAAUCACCAACGCUGCCAAUUUGGAUCCGAAAGAUCUCGACGUGGCGCAGAAAUUCAGUAUCAGUAAUCUGGCGAUGCAGCUGUACUUGAAGUAUCGCCCCAAUGACGCCGAGGCUUUGAGCAUUGCCUUGGAAAACUGUGAAAGAUGCAAGGAUUUCAAAACCGGUUUACAGAUUGGGCUCCAUCUUUGCAAAUUGUAUGAAAAGACUUAUGAAGAGACUGAAAGCGAGAAAACGUUGGAAAGAUAUGCAUUGGCAAAAGCCCAAUUGCUGAGAAUAUACUUGGGACUCGGGGACUAUCAAAAGGCGAUUGAAGAAUCAGACACUGCAUCGGAACUCCACCCUAGCUCGAGACUGAUUAUCGCCAGCUCAAGAAUUACUCUCGGCCUCGCGUACUUUUUCACCGACAGAUUCCAAGAGGCAGUUGCUCAAUUGCAGCAGCUCUCGAACGAUUUUGGAGACUCGGCUCAGACCACUUCAUUGAUUGCUCAAGUCUUGUAUACUCAUCAUACACCAGAAAGCAAACAGGCAGCAAUUGACCAGUUGUUUUUCCACAUUGAGACAAACGGGUCGACCUUAUCGGUAGUUCUCACUUUGGGUGCCAUUUCACUUGUUGACAACUUAUCGGAGUAUCUUGAUGCAAUCAAGGAGGAGCUUUUAGGGUUGGACUUGAACGAAAUCAUUGGCGAUUACCAGAGAGAGAUUCCUAAAUUAUUGAGUGAAAUCACUAAGCGGAUGGGCGGCGAAAGUAAACAAAUAUGGUUGAAAUACGCCUAUUUGUUCCCCUUUAGUUAUCAAAUUUGGAAACAUCUCGAUCCCGAAUUGGGUAAGCAAGUGGCGCUCUUGAAAGACAACAAGAUCUCCGGGGUUGAAUAUGCCGAGGCGAUGAGCGCCACUGGAAAAUUGCGCAAUAUCCAGCGAAGCUUGAUGAUGAACCCGACGGAUGCCAAUGCUAUAGAAUCCUUGCAGAUGUGUAUAACUUAG